AUGAUGUCUGAUCAGUUUAGAAAAGUAGAACCGUAUUCCCCUAAGUCGUCGCCGCGAGGCGCGAGGUCACCAGUGGUGUCUCGUCAGGAUUCCUCGGGAACCCUCAAAACUACUAUCUCACUUGGCAAGAACCCUUCAAUAGUGCAUAGUGGACCAUUCUAUUUGAUGAAAGAACCUCCAGGAGAAUGUGAACUCACAGGAGCAACUAAUUUAAUGGCUUAUUAUGGACUUGAACACUCGUAUAGUAAAUUUAAUGGCAAAAAACUUAAGGAAUCUCUGUCUUCAUUUCUGCCUAAUCUGCCUGGAAUUCUUGAUGGGCCUGGACAGGAAGAUAAUAGUACAUUAGGUUCAGUAAUAGCCAAGAGGCCAAUAGGUGGCAAAGAACUGUUGCCACUAACAAGUGCUCAGCUAGCUGGAUUCCGACUGCAUCCAGGCCCUCUGCCUGAACAAUACAGAUAUGUAAGUGCAACCCCACCAAAGCGACAUAAGACUAAACACAAGAAACACAAGCACAAGGAUGGAGUCCCGCCUGGACAAGAGACACCAUUGCAAGAUUCCUCAAACCCAGACACAUAUGAGAAGAAACACAAAAAGCAGAAGCGUCAUGAUGAUGAUAAAGAGCGCAAGAAGAGGAAAAAGGAAAAGAAGAGGAAAAAGCAGAAGCACAGCCCGGAGCAUGGAGGUCUCACUCCCAGCCAGCACCCACUACCAUAA